UUACCCCGGCCCGUGACGAGGACAUACCCGUUGUUGUUGGGGUUUUUCCCCCAUUUUUAAACCGUGUUUUUCUUAUGACAACUAGACGCUCUCUGCUGCUCAGUAAGUGUCUUUUUCGGAGGUGGAAAAAAAAUGUCAGGUGUCCGACUUUCAAACGGGAGCCCGACGUUAGAGCGGACGGAGUCCCGGGUGACGGAGCACCCGAAGCCGUCAGCCUGCAGGAACCUGUUCGGCUCGGUGGACCACGAGCAGCUGAACAGGGAUUUUAACGCACACAUGCGGGAGCUGGAGGAGGCCGCCGCCGCCAAGUGGGGCUUCGACUUCGUUAAUGACAAACCGCUGGCCAACAAUGGGAGGUUCAACUGGGAGCUGGUGGAGUCCAACGAACUCCCGGAUUUCUACCAGCGGUCGCCGCGGAGGGAGCCGGGCGGCUACUCUGGGAGUCUGAACGUGGAUCUUAAUGGGAACCAUCGCUGCGUCCGGGUGGUUCCCAGCGAGGACACAGUCAGGUCUGACGGUCAGACGGAGUGCACCGGCCUGAGGAAAAGAGCUGCGUGUCACGAGCCCUCCACCCAGAGGAAGAAGUCUCACCCCAGCCCGGAGGAGGUCAGCUGCUCCAGCCUGAGCCAUUCUGUAGAACACACACCCAGAAAGCCCAGUCCCAAGAGACCAACGUGAGGACGGAAACACGAGCUGAAGAUGCAUUUCCCCCCUCAUGUUUAUUUUAUUUUUUUCCACGGGAGACCAUUUGUUGGCUGAGUCUGGGCGAGGAUCUGCGCAUCAACAGAAACAUAUCAGCUCCCCUUAAGACUGCGGAAGGACGCUGUUGAAGCACUGAAUAGAAACACUAAAGUUGUGGCACUCAGUUUAAAAAUGUUACUGCCUCUAACAGCAGCUCAUGUAGCAGUGUGCAA